GUGCCUGCAUAAAUAUCACCAACAGUCAGUGCCAAAUGCUGCCAUAUAACUACACCACUAUAACUUCAGUUCUUUCCAUUGUCAAAAGUAUUGAAAUGGAAAAGUUCCUGAAGUUCUUCAGUUAUCUCGGUCGUCUCAGCUGCUAUCAACACAUCAUGCUGUUUGGCUGUAGUCUUGCUCUUCCUGAAUGCAUCAGUGACGGUGAUGACAGUCAAGGUCUUUUGCCCUGCAGGACAUUUUGUGAGGAAGCAAAAGAAGGCUGUGAACCAGUCCUUGGUAUGGUAAAUGCUUCUUGGCCAGAGUUCCUGAAGUGCUCUCAAUUCCAAAACAAAACUGAAAAUGACACGACUACAAGGGUAUGCUUCUCACCACACCAAGAAAAAGGAAAGCAGUCACUGUGUGGAGGAGAGGAGAGUUUCUUAUGUGCCAGUGGAAUCUGCAUCCCAGGGAAACUGCAGUGUAAUGGCUAUAAUGACUGUGAUGAUUGGAGUGAUGAGGUCCAUUGCAACUGCAGUGAUGAUGUAUUUCGCUGCGAGACAGGAAAAUGCCUAAAUUACACGUUUGUUUGUGAUGGAUAUGAUGACUGUGGAGACCUUAGCGAUGAACAGAAUUGUGAUUGUAAUCCAGUGACACAUCAUCAAUGUGGAGAUGGGAGAUGUAUAACUGCUGAUUGGGUAUGUGAUGGUGACCAUGAUUGUAUAGACAAAUCAGAUGAAAUCAAUUGCUCGUGUCACAGUCAGGGUCUAGUGGAGUGCAGAAAUGGGCAGUGCAUUCCUAGUGCAUUCCAGUGUGAUGGAGAUAAUGACUGUAAAGAUGGAAGUGAUGAAGAAAACUGCAGUGAAAGUCAAACCCUCUGUCAGGAGGGAGACCAGAGAUGUACUUCCUGUCCUGAAUCCUGUGGAACUUCUCUCUGUGAGAUGAGAAACAGCCAGACAAACUGCAGUCAGUGUGAAUCAAUUACUCUGGAGCUCUGUAUGAACUUGCCUUACAACUAUACUUAUUACCCAAACUACCUGGGACAACAGGACGCAGAAGGAAGCUUCUAUCAGCUGGAGUCUUCUCUUUUCCCAGCCUUGGUUCAGACCAACUGCUACAAGUACCUUAUGUUUUUUGCCUGUACAAUCUUAGUCAAAAUGUGACCCCAUACAAAUCAGCGGAUCCCACCUUGCAGGACUUUAUGUGUACAGUCUAAGGAACGCUGUGAGUCUGUGCUUGGGAUAGUAGGUCUGCAGUGGCCAGAAGAUACUGACUGCACUCAGUUUCCAGAUGAAAACUCAGACAAUGAAACUUGUCUAACACCAGAUGAAGGUGUAGAAGAAUGCUCACCCAGUCACUUUAAGUGCCGUUCUGGGAGGUGUGUCCUGGCAUCCAGAAGAUGUGAUGGUCAAGCUGACUGUGAGGAUGAUAGUGAUGAGGAUAGCUGUGGUUGUAUAGAAAGGGGUCUUUGGGAGUGUCCUUUGAAGAAGCUGUGCAUCAAGCACUCCAUGAUCUGUGAUGGUUUCCCAGACUGCCCUGACAUGAUGGAUGAAAAGAACUGCUCAUUUUGUGAAGACAGCGAACUUGAAUGUGCCAACCAUGAAUGUGUGCCACGUGAGCUCUGGUGUGAUGGGCAAGCAGACUGCAGUGACAGCUCAGAUGAAUGGGACUGUGUUACCCUGUCUAAAAACAUGAAUUCCUUGAUGUUCCUGACCAUUCACAGGUCAGCUGCUGCUAACCAUGUUUGUGCUGAUGAGUGGCAAGAAAAUUUAAGCCAACUGGCCUGCGAUCAGAUGGGUUUAGGGGGACCAUCCAAAACAGAAAUUGUAAUAGAGAAUGAGGAAAUGCAGAAUCAAAAAUGGCUGAGCCUGCACUCAGACUGGAAGAAAAAAAAUGCAUCAACUUUACAUGCUCUUCUAGUGAAUGGACAGAUGUGUCGGAGCAGAAGCAAAGUGGCUCUCUUCUGCACUAAAGCAGACUGUGGCCGUCGCCCAGCUGCUCGCAUGAACAAGAGGAUCCUUGGUGGUAGGACCAGUCGCCCAGGCCGAUGGCCAUGGCAAUGCUCCCUGCAGAGUGAGCCAAGCGGACACAUAUGUGGCUGUGUGUUGAUUGCGAAGAGAUGGGUCUUGACAGUAGCACACUGCUUUGAAGGGAGAGAAAAUGCAGCUGUUUGGAAAGUAGUGUUUGGGAUUAGCAAUCUUGAUCACCCAUCAGCCUUCAUGCAGACCCGACUAGUGAAGACCAUUAUCCUCCAUCCACGCUACAACCGAGCAGUGGUAGACUACGAUAUCAGCAUUGUGGAACUAGAUGAGGAUGUCAACGAGACAAGCUAUGUAAGACCUGUCUGUCUGCCCAGCAAGGACCAGCUGGUUCGGCCAGAUACCUACUGCUACAUCACAGGCUGGGGACACAUGGGCAACAAAAUGCCUUUCAAGCUUCAAGAAGGAGAGGUUCGCAUCAUUUCCUUAGAACAAUGCCAGUCAUACUUCGACAUGAAAACCAUCACCAGCAGGAUGCUGUGUGCUGGCUAUGAGUCUGGCACUGUGGACUCUUGCAUGGGUGACAGCGGAGGACCACUUGUGUGUGAGCAACCCGCAGGGCGCUGGACUUUGUUUGGUUUAACAUCCUGGGGUUCUGUCUGCUUUUCCAAAGUUUUGGGACCUGGAGUUUACAGUAAUGUGUCACAUUUUAUUGAGUGGAUUGAAAGACAAAUAUACAUCCACACCUUUCUGCUAAACUAACUCCAGAUGGUAAGGAUUGUGCUGACAGACAAAAGAAAAACAGGAAUCAGCACUUCAACACUGAAGAGUUUGCAGUCCAGAAACUCAUGAAACAGAGUUUCAAGUUCUAUCUAUUCUUGAUGUGGAAGUAUGGAAUACACAGUGUAUAUUAAUGGUAAACCCUCUGCUGGUGAAUAUAAUCUGGAGUAGAAUUAAUAAUCCUUUUGACUUCUCUUUUAACUGUGUUGUGGUGCUAUUCCAAACACAGCAAAAGGCUUAAAAGAAAAGAAUCAGCCACUUUCUGCCUUUCAGCUAUUCAAACUAAGCAGUAGCACAGAGUAGAAAAACCUUUUUAAAUAACCUAUUUUAAUACUAUUCAAGUAGCAUAUGCGUUUUCACUCACUUGUCAUGAUGAAUAAACUCUGUGCAUUCAGAUGGGACACUUAUUCACAAGGGCCACACUGAUCAUGGCCAUGCCAUAUGCUGGAGAGUAUGGAAGAGGUCGACAAGUUUGUGAAUCCACGUGGCACAGACACAUCAAGGUACACGUGCCAGUCUCCACAGAUGUGUAGCCAUGUGUUCAUGGUGUGCCUGAGCUAAAGCAUUCUGUCCCUCAGCGCAGCUAAUGUGUAUGGACAUAACCCUGCACCAUCUUGAUGCACAGCUUCUGUUCCCAGAGCCAGCCUGAGCAUCUGCACGGCAACAGAGGGACCAGUACAACAGACCUGUAACUACCACUUGAGGCACCUAAGACCACAAUUCAGCUCUUCAGACUCCUGGGACAGUUUCUACCAUUUCAUUUUCUGAUGCUUCCAAUGUCUUGACAUGUCCGAGAACCACUGAUGUCUUGACAGCACGACACCUUUGUCAGACCUGUGCCCCACUUGUUUUUUCCUUCAUUUUGUAUCAUGUGUUCAGGGUUCAAAGCGUGCAUUGACUAUCUCCAGCCCUUUAAAACCAAUGCCACUGCAAUGGUUUCCCCUCCUACAGUAAGCUAGUUUGAACACCUGGUGCAAUACAGGAAAUGCAGCUUUCAGUACAGCAAAAGAUGCAGUGUGAACAGUACCCCAGGUACUGGGAAACUGGGUAAUUUUUGAUAGGUCUCUUAUAGUAUCUUGCAUUGAAAGUUUCAUUUUGCUUAGCAAGACUAAACAAUUAGAAGGGAAAAAAAAUCUGAAUGACAGAAGACUUGGAUUGCAGCUUCUGGUCAAAUGAAUAUUAGACACUAAGCAAAGCACAUCAGCUCACAUGCUUGGCAGCCAGAUAGUGGGGCACUCUGUGGUAGGUAAGAGGCUGUGCCUUGACUCCAAGAGAGUCUGGUUCAAAAACGUUUAAACGGAGCUUGGCACCUCUUAAUGGUGCUAGUGAGGAAGCAUCUUACCAUC